GCCUCCGUUCAAGCUGUGUCACCGUCGUUGCUAUCUUCCUCAAGCUGUCUCACCGCCGCCGUCGAAUCUGGUCCAGUCGUCGUCCCCACUGCUUCAGCGUCGUCGCAGCUCGUCUCUGCCGUCACGUCACGUUGCCUUUGUUCAGCCGCGUCGCCUCUGUUCUGCGGCCGGCCUUUGUUCCAGUUCCAUCACCUGUGUCUUCCUCGUCUGUGCUACACUGCUCCCUAUUCCUCGCCUCUCUUCUUCAAACUGUGUCUUCCUCGUCUAGCAGGAAAUCCCCUAAUCUCUGUCAAAUCUCAAUCUCUGACUCUCUCUGAUGCUUUCCCUCUGAAAUUUGAAUUCGCGCGACCAAAAUCCCCAAUUUCGAGUGUCUCUGUGAGGCUUGCCGCCGAUGUUGUCGAAUUGGACUGGUGGUGGUUGGACAGUGUGAGCGUGACUUUAAGAGUGCGAGACACUCUGCCUUUCUGGCUCUCUGGCUCUGCGACUACAAGUUUCUCUACUCUCUAACUCUCUGCGACAGUAUGACUGCAUCUCUGCCUCUCUGGUCUCUGACUCGCUGCUGCUCUUCUCCUCCCCUUCAACGCCCGUUUAGUUUUUACGGUUGAACCGGUUGGACCAGUGAACCAGUGACUAGAGUUUGAUGACUGGUCCAGUUUUUAGAACCUUGAUUGCAACAGAAGAAUCACUAGAUUUUGAAUUCCCUUUUCCCACGCCAAGUCCAGACUGAUGAGGUCUGCCGUCAGUGCAUCACAAAUACCAACCUUUUUGGCAAAACCAGUAACCCAUCUUCCAUCAGAAUCUCUAAGAACUGCUGGUCAUGGACAACCCUUCGCAGCGCCGUCGGCGUUGAGCUUAUGCAACUUUACUGGUUGCGGGCUUCAAGCUAUAAGACCCAGAGCCAGAGUCAUGGCUGCGUCCACUCCCAAUGUGCCUCCCCACCUGAACCACUUCGCCGAUGUGGCCAACAAAGUUGCUGAUGCUGCCGGAGAGGUCAUCCGUCAGUAUUUCAGGAGUAAAUUCGACAUUAUUCAGAAAGACGACCUCAGUCCAGUAACAAUUGCAGAUCAAUCCGCCGAGGAGGCCAUGGUUUCCAUCGUAUUAGACAAUUUCCCUUCUCAUGCUAUUUAUGGAGAGGAAAAGGGGUGGAGAUGUAAACAAGACACUGCUGACUAUGUCUGGGUCCUGGAUCCUAUUGAUGGCACAAAGAGCUUCAUCACUGGAAAACCCCUUUUUGGAACUCUGAUUGCCCUUCUGCACAACAGUACACCAAUCCUUGGCAUCAUUGAUCAACCUGUCUUGAGAGAAAGAUGGGUCGGGAUGAUCGGAGAGACGACUACACUCAACGGAAAACAUGUGUCCACACGUGCUUGCUCCAACCUCUCUCAAGCAUACCUGUAUACCACAAGCCCUCAUCUCUUCAAUGGAGAUGCGGAGGAUGCAUUCAUCCGUGUUAGGGACAAGGUAAAGAUUCCGUUAUAUGGUUGUGACUGCUAUGCAUAUGCUCUUUUGUCUUCUGGCUUUGUGGAUCUUGUCGUUGAGUCUGGUCUCAAGCCAUACGAUUUUCUUGCAUUGAUACCUGUUAUUGAAGGAGCUGGAGGUGUCAUAACUGAUUGGAAAGGACAAAAACUUCAUUGGGAAGCUUCUCCGCUUUCAAUUGCAACUAGUUUUAAUGUUGUGGCGGCUGGUGACAAACACAUCCAUCAACAGACAAUAGAUUCAUUGCAGUGGAAGUGACAACGGGGAUUCUUCAGAAUUCAGUUGUUAUGAUAUCGGUUUUGACCAUUAUUUAACUAAUAAGUAGUUCAAAAGGGCUUACUCUAAUAUCUCUUGCCCAAGUUAGCAUGAGCUACAAAUGAUGAUUUUUCCAACACCUUUAAAAUGUAGUUGAACCAGCCGUGAUGAACAACGUAAGUUCCGUGUUUUUCCCAAGUUAAAGAUCGCAUGAUAAUCCGAACAGUGAAGUAUGUUAGCACACUCCAGAUAGUUACAUAUCUAGGCCCACUGCUUGCUUUAACUAUCACUAAUAAUAUGAUCAUGUUAGAAUUAGAAGGAAAA